GGGAGGAUGAAAAGUCUGUGAGCACACAGGUGCAUCUCGCAGACAGCUUAAAGACGGGACAAGGCAGACUUCGUCCCCAAGGAGCCAAACUCGGGUCAGUUUCCCUCAGAUCACAAAGAGAAGGAAGGACUGGCUGGCCUUCAUGGGACAUCAGUGAAUCGUUCAGGACAAGCUCUACAGAGACAGGUUGUCUGACCUUCCAGAGUCCUCUUUGCCACAAUGACUUGGGGCGCACUCUAUGCCCAGCUGGGCGGUGUCAACAAACACUCCACCAGUCUUGGAAAGAUUUGGCUCUCUGUCCUUUUCAUCUUUCGCAUCACCAUACUGGUUCUAGCCGCUGAGAGCGUCUGGGGGGAUGAGCAAUCAGACUUCACAUGCAACACGCAGCAGCCUGGCUGCAAAAAUGUCUGUUACGACCACUUCUUUCCUGUGUCGCACAUCCGCUUAUGGUGUCUGCAGCUCAUCUUUGUAUCUACACCAGCUCUGUUGGUGGCCAUGCAUGUCGCCUACAGGAAACGUGGGGAUAAGAGGACCAUGUUGGCUUCCAACGGUGCAGAGAAGACCAAAGAUACUGACCUGGAGACACUGAAAAAGAGGCGUCUGCCCAUCACAGGCCCGCUGUGGUGGACGUACACCUGCAGCUUGUUCUUCCGGCUCAUCUUUGAGGGUGGGUUCAUGUACGCACUGUACUUCGUCUAUGAUGGCUUCCAGAUGCCCCGGCUAGUGAAGUGCGAGCAAUGGCCUUGCCCCAACAAGGUGGACUGCUUCAUCUCCAGACCAACAGAGAAGACCGUCUUCACCAUCUUCAUGGUGUCCUCAUCAGCCAUCUGCAUGGUGCUGAACGUGGCUGAACUAUGCUACCUCAUUGUCAAGGCGCUCAUGAGGCUAUCGACCAGGUCAAACAGGCGGAAACACAAUUUCACCAGCACAGACAGCGGGAUGCGGGAUGAUGCCCUUCUGCAGAACAAGAAGAAUGAGCUGCUGUUGUCUUCCUCCACAGAUUCGACAAGCAACAAGGCCAUGUGUUAAAGUACAGCUAUCAGUGGUGGAUGAAAACCAGUGAAGAAUAACAACACGAACUGUAAAUCUAACCACGCGUAACAGUCAUAGUUUGUGUCUGAAGUUUGGCAAUUAGGCUCUAAAUGUGAGAUUUGUCUAGAUUUGUGUCAUGGGGAGGUGAAAUACCUUCUGAAGCAGAUUUUGAGACUGUGAACUCAAAGUUACCACAACAGAAAUUAUUGGCAAUUAGAAUUAGUUGGUAACUGGCCUGACCUACACUUUAAAUCAGUGUAUAAUAUUUACUCUGUGUUCCUACAUACAGUCUCAAAUUUACCACUAAAGUAAGAUGUUCUUCCUGCAGGCAAAAUACAGUAAAAUAAAAAAUUAUUAGUGAAUCUAUAGUGUAGUAAAAUUGAAUAUUUUUAAAUCUGGAAAGAUUCCUGCCUGUGUGGCUUGUUUUCAGAAUAAAAAGUCACCAGCUUGUAGCAAAUGUUUUUCAAACACAAUCUUUGCAUCUGUUGGUCUUCCACAUUGUCACAGCAGGCGAUUGAAAGUGGUUUUAGUUUAAUGUUGCCACUUUGAAAUUGCUUGAAUGUGCUGAAUAUUGCACGUGUGACUGUUCUGAACCGGAGAGUGAAUUAAUCCAUGCUGACAUCUAGUGGUUCACAGAGGAAGAGGAAAGGAAAACAAAUGAAAGCAUGAAAAACAAAGAAGAAGAAAGGGCCAAGUGCCUUUGUCCUUUUAUGUUUUAGUGUGUAGUUUACAAGAGCUGACAGCUGAUUGUUUUACAGUGCUUGAUAUAAGCAGAUACAUUUUUAAUGAUCCUGUUUUGUUGAAUCAAGCAACUGUAGCAUGAAGUCAAGUUUUUAAAAUUGGUUAAUUGUCAUUAUUCAAAUAAUGCUUGAGUUGUUUUUAUUAUUGUUAUUAUUGUGUUUAUAAUUGCUGAGGAGUGUGUUGCACAGAAUGAAGGAAUGCUGUUGAAUUUAGAAAAACGUGGUGAAGUCUUACUUUUCACACCGCAGUGGUUUGAUAGAUUUGAUGCUUUUUGCUUUUCGAUUGAAUCAAAAUGUCUUUUGUCUUUUACUUGAAGUGAAUGUGAUUGAAAAGUGCUUCUUUACAUGAGUUUAACAACCUGAACACGGUGAGACGGUGUUUUGUGUUUUCAGGUGUGCAUCCCUGAUGAUGCUGUUACUGUCCAAGUUAAACAGACAGCUUCAAGAAAUGUUAUGGCCUUGAGCACGCAGGUCUGUCAUCACUGUUACCAAAUGUGGUCUUCAUAGAUGGACAGAUUCAUUCACAUGACUUUCCUUCACAGUUACCAUCUAACUUACGUUCAGACCAUCCAGGAGGUGUCCCGUUCGGUCCAGACCUGUCCUUGUGUUGUUGUGGCAGAGUGUGCUGACCCCAGCUGGCUGUAUCAGCUUUCAGCAUGUGCCUUAUUUUAGCCACCACGCUAAUCACUGUUCAACCCUCUUGAUGUGAGCAACUACGGCCGCUGUCAAAGUGAAAACGUCUUUGUCCUGCCUCCAUCCAGGAAUAGCUGAGUUGGAUUAGUCACAUCUGUGCCGUUCUAAAUCCUUUUAUGUGAACAGAGAUGUAGUGACUUGGUGAUAUUGACGUUACAUAACUGGUGCACCUGAUGUACUUCUGUGGAGUUACAGCAGGAAGUUUCAUGUUGGCAUUUUUUUUUUUCACUGUGUGAGAAAAGCUAUGACCAAAUGUCUGAAAAAUGUCAAGUCAUGCAUUGUCACAGACAAAGCCCUCUGCAAGCUUUAGAAACAAAUAUUUAUGAUUUUUAAAUAGAUUGUUUAGUAUUUCUGUUCUGUGUUGACCUUUGACCUCUUCCUUUCUGUGACAGCCAAAUGACAUUCUGAUGUUACACAGCGACAAAGUGUUAUUGACAUUAUUUUUGAGGCGUGAGCCUGAUCAUUCCAGUCCCAAGAUGUUUGUUUUCAACUCUUUUUUUUUUUCCAAUGGUUUACUAGUGUGAUUUUAACACCAAACAACAUACUAAUGAAGAGAUUAAAUGUUUGUGAUUGUGUUUUGUACCUAAGACUUUAUUAUUAUUAUUAUUAUUAUUAUUAUUAUUACAUUUGCACUUUGAUCUUUGAAGUCUUUUUGCUCUUCUUUUUCACAAAUCAAUAAAAAAAAAAAUUCUGGGUGAAAUUUUGGUCUGCUCAGAGAAAAUUA